UCGCCGAUGUUUAAUAUCAAAGAUUUUAUUACACAAACAAGGGCGUUAGAUUAUGUUGACAUAGAAGACCGAGAGUACAGUAACAUUACUGAAGAAUCUUAUUUAUGGAGUGUUAAUGCCACGGAUAAUUGCACGAACCCUUUCUGUGUGAGCGAUCAGGACUAUCUCGAUUACCUGACGGAUCUUAUGACGACACCGAGUAUCUAUGACUGUAUUCUAAUAUUCAUGCACGUUACUGUCUUUGUUGGCGGAAUAUUGGGAAAUUUGCUGGUCUGUCUGGCCGUAUACAGAAAUCGAUCUAUGAGAACGGUCACCAAUUACUUCCUUGUGAACCUCGCAGUGGCGGAUCUUAUGGUGUUGAUAUUCUGUCUGCCCUCAACGGUUAUUUGGGAUGUUUCGGAGACCUGGUUAUUUGGUGAGAUCGCCUGUAAAAUAAUUCCCUAUUUGCAGACAGUUUCAGUAAGCGUGAGUAUUCUCACCCUCACUUUCAUAUCGAUCGAUCGUUGGAACGCUAUUUGUUUUCCGCUGGCUUUUAAAUCGACAACGAAACGCGCGAAAAAGUUUAUAUGCUUCAUUUGGAUAUUCUCAUUUAUUUUUGAUUCACCCGAUAUAAUUUUACUGCAAGUUGCACCAACAGUAUUUAAAAUAGAAACUAUUUAUUUAACGCAAUGUAAAAGAUCGUGGAGCAUUAAUAGCGAAAGAAUUUUCAAUUUGGUUAUAUUUGUGUUCCUAAGAAAUAAUGAAAUUCCUUUGGACGCUGAAUUGUCAGCGUCGUUUGAAGACAAUCAUGAAGGACGAUUGGUGUCAAGACGAAAAGCUGCUAAAAUGCUAGUUGUAGUCGUUCUUGUUUUUGCGAUUUGUUAUGCGCCUGUUCAUUUGCUGAAUAUCCUCAGAUAUUCAAUGAGUUUAUCAUCGAAUAAUAUCACAAGAGCAUUCAGCCUAUUAGCUCACUGGCUGUGUUAUUUGAACAGCGCAAUUAAUCCUGUCAUUUAUAAUUUCAUGAGUGGUAAAUUCCGUAAAGAAUUUAGACGAUCAUUCAUAUGCUCACGACCGAUUUCCGCAGAGUGUGGAACACAAAAAAGUGGGAUUAUGCAAAUAGCUGAUCGUUCGCAGAUGCCAACCACAGACUCGAAUCAGUCAGAUAAUAAUUGUGUCAAAAGUCAAAGAAGCGUUGAAGUUAUUCCUCUCAAGAGUAUGUCCAUUGACCAA